UAACCCAACUGUGUUUUUGUUGUUGCGUGUUUUCCAAGAAAUGUCCAACAUUGUUCUUUUUGUUGUAGUUGUUUUCAAACAGAGACACAAAAAGAGAGAGAGCAUAAAUAAAUGCGACCGGCUAUUCGCCGCGCACAGUUCAUUAGUAGCUGAAGAGAGAGCAUCUCAUUCACUUGAGAUUCUUUUGUUUUAGUUUUUUUUUUUUGUUAGUAAACACCUUUCUUGUUUUUGAAUUCAACUGUUGCUGUUGUUGUUUUCGUGUUUAUUGAAUCGUCGUUUAAAAGGAAACAAAAAAAAAUGAAACCAGCGCGUUUCGUUUACGUUUCGAUCGUCUUUUAUUUGUCAACGUCCGUGGCGGCUUUGAAUUGGGAAGACGGCGAAUUCGGCGGCCAAGUCAAGUGGUCGUUCAACUGCGACUUUUACGACGAAGACGGGCCCGUGCGCGAUCGUUACGAAGACAACGAACUCGUCGACGACGACAAAGGUCUCAUCCGAAUCAUCGGCGAACGCAAAUCCAAUAGAGAAGACUGCGGAUGGCUGUGCUGGGCUGAUGUAGAGUGCCAUUACUACAGCCAUUCGCAGAAUCUCUGCCGCACAAUGUCGCUCAAGAAGAAGGUGCUCGUGUCGGCCCUAGCUCACGGCAGGGCCUUCAUCCAUCACGUCACCGUGCCUUACUUGGCCGACAGCGAAACCAUUUGCGGCUACAUCCCGUCGCGCAUCAUCGCCCUCAACACUUCGGUCUAUUGAGGGCGAACGCAUUUCCCCCUUUUAUGCGCGCCCAACAAGGAAACCUACAAUAAUUAUCACUAUUGCGCAAUCGAUGAAACGAUAAUAAAAUCCGUCUUCAUUUUUUUCUGUACAUGUAUAUAUGCCCCUCAGGUUUCGUCACCCUACAUCAUUAAAUAAUACAACAAGUGUAUUCUGUUUCAA